AUGAGGCUCCCCUCCGCGGCCUCCUCCCUGGCGCUCGCGCUCGCCGCAGCGGCGUGGGCGCAGCCCGAAAACUCGACCUACCUCAACCCGGUGCUGCCGGGGUGGCACUCGGACCCGUCGUGCACGCAGGUCGACGGCACCUUCUUCUGCGUGACGUCGACGUUCAUCGCCUUCCCGGGGCUGCCCGUGUACGCGUCGCGGGACCUGAUCAACUGGAAGCUGGCGAGCCACGCGUGGAACCGGGAGGCGCAGCUGCCGGGGGUGAGCUGGGCGACGGCGGGGCAGCAGGAGGGCAUGUUCGCGGCGACGCUGCGGCACCGGGGCGGGCGGUUCUACGUGAUCGGCGAGUACCUGGGGGCGCCGGGGGGCAGCCGGGGCGUCGUGUUCAGCGCGGCGGACGCGUUCGACGACGCGGCGUGGGGCGACCCGGUGACGUUCGCGGCGGAGCGCAUCGACCCGGACCUGUUCUGGGACGACGACGGGCGCGCGUACGUCGCGACCCAGGGCAUCCUGCUGCAGGAGAUCGACCUGGCCUCCGGCGCGCUCAGCCAGCCCCCGCUCAGCAUCUGGAACGGCACCGGCGGCGUCUGGCCCGAGGGCCCCCACCUCUACCGCAAGGACGGCUGGUACUACCUGCUCAUCGCCGAGGGCGGCACCGAGACCAACCACGCCGUCACCAUCGCGCGCGCCCGCGCCGUCACGGGCCCCUACGAGGCGUACGAGCGCAACCCCGUCCUGACCAACCGCGGCACCGACGAGUACUUCCAGACGGUCGGCCACGCCGACCUGUUCCAGGACGCCGCCGGCAACUGGUGGGGCAUGUGCCUGGCGACGCGCUCGGGGCCGGCGUGGGCCGUGUACCCGAUGGGGCGGGAGGCGGUGCUCUUCCCCGUGACGUGGGCGGCGGGGGCGUGGCCGGUGCUGGAGCCGGUGCGCGGGCGCAUGCGCGGGUGGCCGCUGCCGGCGCCGACGCGCGAGCUGCCCGGCGACGGGCCCUUCAACAGCGACCCGGACGCGUACGACUUCGCGGAGCGCGGCGCCGCGCUGCCGCGCAACCUGGUGCACUGGCGGGUGCCGCGGGCGGGGGCCUUCGCCGUGGCGCCCGACGGCCGCGCGGGGCUGCGCGUGGUCCCGAGCCGCGCGAACCUGACGGGCUCCGGCGGCGGCGGCGGCGCGACGGCCGCCGAGCUCAGCGGCCGCCGCGGGCUCGCCUUCGCCGGCCGGCGCCAGACGCACUCGCUCUUCGCCUUCAGCGUCGACCUGGCGUUCGCGCCGCGCCGCGCCGGCCACGAGGCCGGCGUCGCCGUCUUCCUCACGCAGCGCAGCCACCUCGACCUGGGGGUCGUGCGGCGCGCCGACGGGCGCCUGUGGCUGCGCUUCCGCGCCGAGGGCGCCGGCGCCGUGCCGGCGCCGCGCGCGGUCCCGCUGCCGCCCGCCUGGGGCCCCGGCCCCGUGCGCCUGCGCGUCGACGCGCCCAACGCCACGCACUACCGGCUGUCGGCGGGGCCGGCGCGAGACGGCGACGGCGCGGGCCCGCCCCUGCUGCUGGCCGAGCCGCCCGCCGCCCUGGUCAGCGGCGGCAGCGGCUCCUUCGUCGGCAGCCUCGUCGGCGUCUACGCGACCUGCAACGGCGACGGCGCCGGCGACGACUGCCCGCCCGGCGGCGUCGCGCGCUUCACCCGCUGGCGCUACGUCGGCAAGGGCCAGCACGUCUCUGAGACGGAGAUCGUGCGGUAG